AUGGUGCGCUCGGAGGCGGACGAGCUCCGGAAGGCGACGCCCCGACGCAGCGAGCGGCGCCCCGGCUCCGGGCUCCUUUAUCCUCCGCCCCGCGCUCCGGCCGCCCGCCCCGGCGCCGCCCCUUCCGCUCCCGGCCGCUCCGCCCCGGCCCGGGCCUUGCCCCCGGGAGGCCUCGCCCGCUCGCGGCAGCGUCUCGCCCAGCGCCUCCGUGCCCCCCGGCCCCCCGAUCCCGGCCCCACCCGGGCAGCAGAGGGAUUCCUGCUCCAGCCUGGUAUAGCAUUGGAACUGGUGCACUGGAUGUUGGAUCUUGACCUCUGAGGCCACUGAGGGCAGCCCUGCUCUCUCCGUGGUGUCCC